CAGUGUCAAAAUUUAAAUACGUAAUAUCAAAUUAGAUAGUAUUAUAUUAUAUUUCUGUAAUGUUUAAUUUAUACUAUUAUGUUUUAAAACAAAAAAAAAUUUAGACUAUUUUUCGAUUUAUAUGUGUCAUCCUUGAGAAAGGUACAAUUCAGUUGGAUAAACCUACAAAAUGUAUGUAAAUUUAUGCGUAAAGAUGUGGUUUAUGAAGUUUGAUCAUACUGUAUAUUUGUUUAUUUAUAUAUUGCUCUUAUCUCCGAGAUCUGCAAUAUAUGUCUCCAUUUGACAUAUCGAUAUCAAAUUAAAUCGAGAAUGUGACAUACAUGAUACAAUCAUUCAAAUAAUAUAGUCAAUCCUUUUAAUUAUUUGAGCUUCUUUCUCGCAAAGAAAAAAAUAAAUUUGAUAAAUGCAAGUAGGUGAUAAUUAAUCCGCUAAUAUUUUAUGUCAACUUUGACCACACUGACUAAUUCGAUCUACACGUUAUUCCCCAAUCUAUAUAGAUAUAUAGUACAUCUGCCCACGUUUUUUACGUGAACUCGUUAGAACGAAAAAUGAAAUAAAAGCAAAUCGAAACCCGGUUUCUAACCUCGUUUUCAUAUAUUCUUGAUUUGACUGUUAGAACAUUUCUAUAUACUGGUAUAUACAGUAUAUUCGGACCCGCCAUUGCUAGAUACUGUUCUUUUUGUUUGACCUAUUCCUACUAUAUGACAAAUUGUCAAUAAAUAUCUUUACAUUUGCGAUAUACUAAAAAACAUUGUUUGGCAAUUCCUCAAAUUCGUUUGCUUCUGUGACCACUCAAUUAUCUUUUUUUGCUAAAAGUGACCACUCAAUUAUCUGAAUCCGUGUGGGUGUUUACUCUAGUUGUUACGUCAACGAGAUAUGAUCGGCAUAGUCCGUGUGAAUGGUAAUUUGGUAUGCUAAAUUGCUAAUAAUAACAAUAGAAUGAUUCGGUUAAUAACUGUAUAGUUCCAGCUAAUAUUAAGUAAAUAACUAUGAUUUUAUAUUUGUAAUAAAAAGUGUAGCUACGUGUUUAUAUUCCUAAACAACCUGCCGUAUGUUUGUUUUUAAAAUUGUUUGUGUUUCUUUGGCCCGAUAAUCCAAUUAAUUAUAGGAUAGAUAAAUUUUAUAAUUCAUAUUCACAUAGGACCCGAUCAUUCAAACAAAAAGAGACUGAAAAUGAAGGUCCAUAAAAACUAAUAUUGAACUUGAAAGAGACAUAUUAUUAUUAUUAUUAUUUUUUUUUUGAAACACACAUAUUAUUAUUUCUACUAUUGUUUUUUUGGCUAAUAACUGAAAGUUUCCGAGUAUUGACCUGUAUAUCCUUUGGACAAUGGACAUAGUAUGAAAUGUGAAAACAGUACAUGUAUAUAUAUAUAUUUUCCCUAUUUUUAUUCUUGUGCAACCAACAAGAAUGAAUCAUGACUCAUAGACGUCGAUAAUUUUGGUAUUCAAAAAUUACAACAAUCAGCCAAUUAAAUCGAAAGGGUGGCUAUACAACCACGACGAAAUCAAAUACACACGACCUUUUAUCAAAUAAAAAUUAUAUAUAAAUAUAUUCCCACAAAGAGAGUGUUUGCUUGGUGUUUCAUCUCUGUUUCUCGGCUCUUUCCUCCAUCUCUCAGUUAAAAUCCCCAGAGAAAAAUUCUCUCAAAUCUUAAGUGAUCGUAAAGUUCGAAGCGAAGAUAACAAAAAAAAAAACAGAACAAAGUCAAAGCUUGUGUUUGUGUCUUGAUGGGUAACUUCUGUCCUAACGGAUCUUCCAGUGUUGGACACGAAGAGAUCUCUGUCUCCACCAAGCCCCUCCCAGGUUCAUACAUGUUUUUUAAAAAUGUUUUUGUUUUUCUCUUUUAAAUCGAACUCAUGUACCGAGGUUUUCAAUCUAACAAGAUCAUCUGUUGAUCUUACAGCGGUGAAACAUGGUAAAAAUCCAGUAAAUCAAAAGGCUCCGCCGCCGGUGGUGGUAAUGCCGCCGGCUAGGGGCUCGAAUCCAAAGUUUCCGGUGGCAGAAACAAGAACCAUCGAUAACACGACUCGUAAAAAACAGCAGGAGAAGCCAAGAUCCGUCGAUGACCCAUCUCGUGAAAAACAGCAUGAGAAGAAGCCAAGAUCCGUCGAGACUCCGCCGUCAAAUCCGGUGGAGAAACAAGGAGUGGGAAAAAAAGCAGUGCCGCCGAGCGGGAAGAUAGUGACGCCAAAUCUAAAGAUGUUCACAUUAACGGAUCUUAUGACGGCGACAAAGAAUUUCCGGCCGGAGUCGAUGAUCGGAGAAGGCGGGUUCGGACAGGUGUUCAAAGGAUGGGUUGAUGAGGAGACCUUAUCUCCGUCGAGGGCCGGCGUGGGAAUACCAAUCGCCGUUAAGAAAUCUAACCCUGAUAGUGCUCAAGGGUUACAUGAGUGGCAGUGUGAAGUGAGAUUCUUAGGGAAGUUUCAUCAUCCAAAUCUAGUCAAGCUCUUGGGAUAUUGCUGGGAAGAGAAUCAGUUCCUCUUGGUCUAUGAGUUUUUGCCUAAAGGAAGCCUUGAAAACCACCUCUUCUCAAAAGGAGAUGGGUUGACAUGGGAUACACGUUUGAAAAUAGCCAUUGAAGCAGCUCAAGGACUUACAUUUUUGCAUAACUCCGAGAAGAGUGUUAUUUACAGAGACUUCAAGGCUUCCAACAUUCUUCUUGAUUCCAACUUCAACGCCAAGCUUUCUGAUUUUGGUCUAGCCAAACAUGGUCCAAUUAAUGGAUACUCCCACGUGACCACUCGUGUCAUGGGCACACAAGGUUAUGCAGCUCCCGAGUAUGUGGCUACAGGUCAUCUAUACGUGCUGAGUGAUGUUUACGGAUUUGGAGUGGUCCUCUUAGAGCUAUUAACCGGUCUAAGAGCACUAGACCCAAACCGACCAUCUGCGCAACAGAAUCUCGUGGAAUGGGCUAAACCGGUUCUGACCCAGAAAAAGAAGAUUCAGAAGUUGAUGGACCCACGGCUCGAGAACAAGUAUCCACUUUUGGCGGUGAGCAAAACCGCUGCAUUAAUUCUACGGUGUCUCGAGGCUGACCCGAAGAACCGACCUCCCAUGGACGAUGUACUUAGAGAAUUAGAAAUUGUAAGGACUAUCAGAGAGCAACCAAAAGAAGAGAAGCGUAACCGGAACAAUGGACAUGGUUCACCGCACGUCCGUAAAACCGGUCGAACCAGAUAGUCAAAUAGUCCCCUUUGGAAGUUUGGAUCAGUCAUAUAUAUAUGUACACCACACAAACAUACACAACAAACAUACGUAAAACCUUCAUUUUUUUUUUAAUAAAUAAAAUAUCUUCCUUCUUUUACAUUUUUUA